GAGUACUUAAAUAGAUUGACACAUGAAGAUACAUGAUAGUACAGCAGUAGCGAAUAUGCGAUGUUGGUGUAUAAAUAUAGGGGGAUUCAGAGUCCUUCCGGGCACAGCCACAGGCACCACGCGCACUCUAUAGUACUCCAUCCAUCCAUCUCUCCUGCAGCUGCAGUGCAGGCGAGGCUGCCUGCUAGCUCGAUCGUUAAAUACUCAGCUUGCGCUAGAUUAUAAAUUCAACAAGAGAGAGGUAGCGAUCGAUCUAUCUCAUCAACAAGAUCGAGCCAAUUAAUUAAGGGCGCAUGACGAUGAAGAUGAAGCAGCAGAUGAUGAACAAGCUCGGCCUCCUUGUGGUGGCGGUGGCGGUGGCGAUGGCGCCUGCAGGGAGCUUUGCGUCGUCGUCGGGGAGGGGGGCUCCGAUGGUGCCGGCGGUGAUCGUGUUCGGCGACUCGAUCGUGGAUCCAGGGAACAACAACAACCUAAAGACGCAGAUAAAGGCGAACCAUGCCCCCUACGGCAUGGACUUCGCCAACAGUGAACCCACCGGCCGCUACUCCAACGGCCUCAUUCCCACCGACUUCAUCGUCCAGGGGCUUAACGUGAAGCAGCUGAUGCCUCCAUACCUGGGCGUGGAGCUGAGCCCGGAGGAUCUCAAGACGGGGGUGAGCUUCGCGUCAGGCGCGACGGGGUACGACCCGCUGACGCCGGUGAUCGUGAGCGUGAUAACCCUGGACCAGCAGAUCGAAUACUUCCACGAGUACAGGAAGCGGCUGGUGGGGGUUGUGGGGGAGGAGGAGACGGCGAGGAUCAUCGACGGCGCGCUCUUCGUGGUGUGCGCCGGCACCGACGACAUCGCCAACACCUACUUCACCACGCCCUUCCGGAGCGUGGAGUACGACAUCCCCUCCUACGUGGACCUGCUCGUCUCCGGGGCCGCCAAGCUGCUGGACCAGGUGGCGGCGCUCGGGGCACGCCGGAUCGGCUUCGUGGGACUGCCCCCCAUCGGCUGCGUCCCCUCCCAGAGGACGCUCGGCGGGGGCCCUCACCGCCGCUGCGAGGAGAAGCGCAACUACGCCGCCAAGCUGUUCAACUCCCGGAUGGAGGAGGUGAUCGCCGCCAAGACCAAUCCGGCCACCACCAGGAUGGUGUACGUCGACAUCUACACCAUCCUGCAGGAGCUGGUCGAGAACGGGGACAAGUACGGCUUCACGGAGACCACGCGCGGCUGCUGCGGCACCGGCACCAUCGAGGUCACCGGACUCUGCGACGCCCGCUUCGUCGACAUCUGCGACAACGUCUCCAACCACGUCUUCUUCGACAGCUACCACCCUACGCAGCGCGCCUACAAAAUCAUCGUCGACUACAUCUUCGACAACUAUCUCCAGUUCCUCCUCGCCUAGCCGCCCCGCCCGCCCGCCAAUCUGCCAUUCCUUCCUUCUUAAUUAAUCUGCACCUACCUACCUACCACCACCGCUCCAUCCAUUUCUAUAUUAUAUAUAUUGAUCAAUCGACUCGACUGUACGUAUUUUCGACAACAAUUUUCCCCUUCUUUUUUCCCGCACAAAUUAAUUAAGCUGCUGAUUAUAUUUCUCCA